AUGGAUUUCAGUGGGAAAUAUCAGCUGGAGUCACAUGAGAACUUUGAGGCUUUCAUGAAGGCCAUUGGACUGCCGGAGGAUGAGAUCGAGAAAGGCAAAGACAUCAAGAGCAUCUCAGAGAUCCAGCAGGACGGAAAUGACUUCAAGGUGACGGUGACGGCGGGAACUAAAGUGAUCCUGUACUCGUUCACUGUGGGUGAGGAGUGUGAGCUGGAGACCUUCACUGGAGAAAAGGCUAAAACUGUGGUUCACAUGGACGGGAAUAAGCUGACGGUGUUUGUGAAGGGGAUCGACUCUGUGACUGAGCUGGAUGGAGACACUAUCAGUAACACCCUCAGCUUCGAUGGCAUUGUGUACAAGAGGAUCAGCAGGCGCAUCUCCUGAUCGUCUCACUUCUGUUUGUUUGGAAAG